AUGAAGAACGCCGUCAGCCUUGUCGCAGCCACCGCCCUUGCGGUCAGCGGAGCCUCAGCUCAUUACAUCUUUGAACAGUUUAGCUUGGGAUCGACCCAAUACCCCGUCUAUCAAUAUAUCCGAGAAAACACCAACUACAACUCGCCAGUGACUGACCUCACGUCAAACGACCUUCGUUGCAAUGUUGGCGCCAAUGGUACUGGCACAGAGACCAUUGCUGUGAACGCUGGUGAUGAUUUCACCUUUACGCUCGACACUGCCGUCUACCACCAAGGACCUGUAUCCAUCUACAUGUCCAAGGCUCCAGGAGCUGCUUCAGACUACGACGGUAGCGGCGAAUGGUUCAAGAUCUUGGAUAUUGGGCCAACGUUCAGCGGUUCGACUGCAACCUGGGACCUGGCACAAUCGUACAGCUACACGAUCCCCACCUGCAUUGCCUCGGGUGACUACCUCCUCCGAAUCCAGCAGCUCGCGAUCCACAACCCCUGGCCGGCCGGCAUCCCGCAAUUCUACAUUUCCUGCGCGCAGGUCACCGUCAGCGGCAGCGGCUCGUCGACAUUUGCCGGCGUGGCCAUUCCCGGUGCCUUCAAGGACACUGACCCCGGCUACACUGUCAAUAUUUACAAUGGCUUUACAAACUACACCGUUCCUGGCCCUGACCCAAUUUCCUGCUAA